UUGUAAACAUGGCGACCAAGCAGACGAAGGAUUUGGCCUUUGUAGGUGUUAAGAAUAUUUUAAACGUUUUAGCAGUGUUAUUCUAUCUGAGUGCGAUAUGUGUGUCUGUUCGGGCUGAAAUACGAAGCGUUGUUCUUGACAAACAAAGCGGACAGCUGUCCGUCACAGAGGGAUUCAGGGAGGAUUUUGUAGCAUGGGGAAACUUCACUGAUGACAUAAAAGCAUCAGGCUGGUCGUUCUUGGAGGUCACGACCAGCAGUCUAUACAAUGACAGUCUGCAGGCUUAUGCUGCUGGUGCGGUGGAGGCUGCACUCACAUCUCAGCUCAUCUAUAAGCACUGGAUGAACACUCUGAUGGGUUACUGCGGACCCUUCACAUCUCAAACGGGGUACUGCGAGCGUCUUAAGGCUUUCAUUGCGACUAACAUGCAGUGGGUUCAGAAGCAAAUAGAGGAGGAGCCAAGUUCAUUCUACUGGUAUCAGGUGCGCCUAGCGCUUCUGCAGCUAAAAGGCCUGGAGGACAGCUACAAUGACCAGCUGGCAUUUCCUACAGGAUCUCUCACCCUCAAUCCAUUUGGCUUCCUACUUUUCCAAAUGGGUGGUGAUCUAGAAGACCUGGAAUCAGCUCUGAAUAAAUCCAGCCAAACUCGACCUCUUGGUUCUGGCUCUUGUUCUGCUCUCAUUAAGCUGCUGCCAAACAACAAGGAGCUGCUGGUGUCACAUGACACCUGGAACACGUACCAGGCCAUGCUGCGCAUCAUGAAGAAAUACAUCUUUCCAUUUCAGGUUUCUCCUUCAGGUGGGCCUCUUGUCCCUGGAGUAGUUCAGGCCUUCUCAUCAUAUCCUGGAUCUAUCUUCUCUGGGGACGACUUUUAUAUCUUGAGUAGCGGCUUGGUGACUUUAGAAACCACCAUUGGGAACAGUAAUCCUGCUCUCUGGAAGUUUGUUCAGCCAACAGGAACCGUCAUGGAGUGGCUGAGAAACAUUGUGGCUAAUCGACUGGCUGCUACCGGCAGGGAGUGGGCCAAGAUAUUCAGCAUGUUCAACAGUGGAACGUACAACAACCAGUGGAUGAUUGUGGACUAUAACCACUUUACUCCAGGAAAGGCUGACAUUAAAAAGGACCUCUUUGUUGUGCUGGAGCAGAUUCCGGGAAUGAUUGUUUACGCCGAUAAAACUGAGGAACUGAUGGAGAAAGGGUACUGGGCAAGUUAUAACAUACCGUACUAUGUGGACAUAUUUAAUGCCAGUGGCUGCAAUGAGCUGGUUGAGAAGUUCGGCCCUUGGUUCUCUCUGGAUCAGAAUCCUCGUGCUCAGAUUUUCAGGAGAAACCAGACAGCUGUCACUGAUGUGGAUUCAAUGAUCCGUCUCAUGAGGUAUAAUAACUUUAAAGAAGACCCUUUGUCAAGGUGCGAUGGCUGUGAUCCACCUGGAAAUGGAGAGAAUGCAAUCUCAGCCCGUUCUGACCUGAACCCAGCAAAUGGAACGUAUCCAUUUGGCGCCUUAAAGCAGAGACCACAUGGAGGAACGGAUAUGAAGAUGACCUCUUAUGAGAUGUUUCGGGACUACGGUAUGCUGGCAGUGAGCGGACCCACAUGGGACCAGGUGCCACCUUUCCAGUGGAGCACCUCCCCUUACAAAGACCUGAUCCACAUGGGUCACCCUGACACUUGGACAUUUAAACCUAUAAAAGUCACCUGGACCCAUUAAUUUUUAAAAAUCAAAUAAUACAUACAAAUGUAUUAUUUUGAAUGCUACAAGCUUUGCUGUUUAUAAUUUUUAAAAGAAGGGAAAUUAUACAAUAAUUUUAUGAAAGGGAUUUUCUAAACAUUAAUAUGGUUUUAGUUCUUACUAGAAUGGCAAUAAUAGCAAAGGUGUGGAUGUGAUAAUGGCUGCAAUGUUAUGGAAGGAUUUGGUACAGGGAAUUUGCACUAUUUACAUAAAUAAUCGACUGUUAGGCAACAUGCUUUCUGCACCUUACUGAAGCUUCUACGUAAGAGCCUAUCUGCUUUUCAUGUCCUCCAUUUUAUAACACGUGUAAAAAUAUAAACAACACUCAAUGUUUUUGCCUUUGUGAAUUAUUGUUGUGAAAUCUCUGACAGACCACUUCAGCUUUUUUAUUGAGAAAUGAUCAAAAAAACUAUUGAAAGCAGUGAUAAUGUGUUGAGUAUGUUGUGUUGUUCUUUAUUCUCCUAUAAACACUCACAUUUUGA